AUGUACUUUCCUAGCAAGAAGAAGAACACGAUUACAGAGGCGACAUCAAACCAGGUUCAGCAAGAAUCAGAAGGAACGCAAGAAGAAGCUGCAGGACUAGUAGAAGCAAAUCAAUCUGAUCAGACUAGUGCGAACGAGGCAUCAGAAGUCAGCCCAGAUAUUCGUUUGACACGGCUAGGGCCCUUUUCCUCAUGGUUGUCGUGUUUCUCGCCUGAAGAAACCUUCAGGCGAAGGUUUUUUUGUUGGCCUCUCGUCCACAGCUCCGGAAAUUGCGUCGGCGUCGGCACCCACUCGCACGUGUGGGAUUGUGGGUCACCACGUUACACCCGCGUCCUGCCGGCCGACACGCACUGGACUCGCGCUGAGCAUCUUGCCGUCCGCCCGCGACCUAGCACACGCCGAAAGCUGUCGAGCUUGACGGCGGCCUACGGGAGAAGAUCGCAGUUUACCUGCCCCGCCCACGUGGUGGAGCCACGCGGUGAACCAGCCAAGCACGACCUAACCGCAGCAUACCUCGCCGGCCGACGACGGCCGCUGCAAGCACACGUCGCUGAAUCGUACCCGCCUGCCAUCGCAGAACAUCCUCGUGGUAAGUCGCACGCACUCCAAGAAUACGGCACGUUUGCCCCCGCCGUUCACCGGCCAGAAAAACCGCGCGCCCAGCGCGGCCGAACAUCAAUCACCGAACGCGGCGAGCAGGACAUCAUCGCAGCCACCUGCGGCUUGCUGAACACCGUUCGAGAAACGCAGCUAGCAGAUCAGCCCGCAGCCACCUGCGGCUUGCGUCGUGAAUCCCGUCGGGAAGUAGCAGACCUCUCGCAGUACGGUCCCGAGACCGUACUGGCGCGAAAGCGGGAGCGUUUUCAAGGAAGGUUGAGUCUGGCCUGGGUUUUGGAUUUUGCAGACGUUGAGUGUGGGAAUAGGGUUUUCCAAAUUCUUUUUAGUUGGUUCUUCCUUGCCUCGACUUAGC